AUGGUCCAAAUUCUCUCACUUGCGGCCGUUAUCCUUUCUGCAGUCGCAGCAGUGCAGUCUGCGGUUGUGCCUAUCGUCUCCCUCGAGGACCGUUCUGCCAACCCCGCAAACCCGCUUCUGUCCCUAUCUCCAGAAAACACCCUCGCUCGCCGUCACUACGUCUACGACGGCACUAAACUCGUCCGCACUGCCGAUCCCUCCACUGAUCCCUCAGCUGCACAGCUACACAAGCGUUAUGCCAGCUAUGUUCGCUUCUUCACGUGCAGUCCCUGGGGCCUCACCAUCUGCGGCUCUUGCUACUUCCACGAAGUAUCUUACGAUACUGCAGUCUGCAUUCCAACGGAGGGCAAGCAAUUCAUAGUCUUCGCGGAUAUGACGAACGCAAGUGCGAAGCUUUAUAAGGAUACGUCUGACUGUACCGGCACAAGCUUUAACGUGGCAGGGUGUAGGACUUGGGACUGUUUAGCCAUCCAAUCAUAUUACACAAAGUCGGUAUUGGCAACAGUAGGCUGCACCCCUCCAGCCUGA